ACCAUCUCUUCUUCUUCUUCCUCUUCAUUCAGUGAACAGAUUUAGCUAUGGCUUUCUCUGCACCAUCACUAACCAAAUUCUCUCUUUUGGUCGCCAUUUCAGCAUCAGCUCUCCUCUGUUCUGCUCUUGCCCGUGAUUUCUCCAUUGUUGGAUACACACCGGAGCAUUUGACCUCCACUGACAAGCUUCUAGAGCUCUUUGAGUCAUGGAUGUCAGAACACAGCAAGGCUUACAAAAGCGUGGAGGAGAAGGUGCACAGGUUCGAGGUGUUCAGAGAGAACCUGAUGCAUAUAGACCAGAGGAACAAUGAGAUCAACAGUUACUGGCUCGGUUUGAAUGAGUUUGCGGAUUUGACUCAUGAAGAGUUCAAGGGAAGAUAUCUAGGACUUGCAAAGCCACAAUUCUCUAGAAAGAGACAGCCCUCUGCUAACUUCAGGUACAGAGAUAUCACUGACUUGCCUAAAUCCGUAGACUGGAGGAAGAAAGGCGCUGUGGCUCCUGUCAAGGACCAGGGUCAAUGUGGUAGCUGUUGGGCAUUUUCAACAGUUGCAGCUGUCGAGGGGAUCAACCAGAUCGCAACAGGGAAUCUGAGUUCGCUUUCAGAGCAAGAACUCAUAGACUGUGACACAACUUUCAACAGUGGCUGCAAUGGAGGUCUCAUGGACUACGCAUUCCAGUACAUAAUUUCAACAGGUGGUCUCCACAAAGAAGACGAUUACCCUUAUCUCAUGGAAGAAGGAAUUUGUCAAGAGCAGAAGGAGGAUGUGGAACGUGUGACGAUCAGCGGCUACGAAGAUGUCCCAGAAAACGAUGACGAAAGCCUUGUAAAGGCUUUAGCUCAUCAGCCAGUCAGUGUGGCUAUUGAGGCUUCAGGAAGAGACUUCCAGUUCUACAAAGGGGGAGUGUUUGAUGGACGAUGUGGAACAGACCUAGACCACGGUGUAGCAGCGGUUGGAUACGGUUCAUCAAAGGGAUCUGACUAUAUUAUUGUCAAGAACUCAUGGGGACCAAGAUGGGGAGAGAAAGGGUUUAUUAGGAUGAAGAGAAACACCGGUAAACCAGAGGGACUCUGUGGAAUCAACAAGAUGGCCUCAUAUCCUACCAAGACCAAGUGAUGAUCUACCUUGUUGCUGCAUCCUACCUUUUUUUCUUUCUUUCAAUGCAUUUCGAUUGCACAUUAUAUUGUAUUGAUGAAUGUGAGAUUUUAAAAUAAUAUGGUGAGAGUUCUCUUACCUAGUUUUUCUGACUGCAAGUCCUCCCAAUGCUCCUCCAGCUUCAAGAAACCUAAAAACCAUGACCAUAGAGCUACCUCUCUCAAUAAGAUCAUGUUCUUAAA